GUUGAGGGACAGUUAGACUACAGUGAAACACUGUACAACUUGUCUGCAGGAUACAUGUACCAAGUCUCUAUACGGACCAUUAAAACCAUCGGCAACCUAUCGGCCUAUAGUACCUGGGAGUCUGCAUCUAAAACAACAAAGCCGAAGCCUGUCCUGACUCUCAUGGCUGUCCUGAUUGGUCGAGAUGUAAAACUCCUGUGGACACCGGAUCCAGAGAGCACUCAGGAUCACUACUAUGUUUUGUACAGGGGCACAAUCGCAGGGGCCAACCCAAGUUGGGACCAGACACUGUCCAAUAACACAGAACUCCAGGUGACAGGGCUGUUCCCCGGGGAACGCUAUGACAUGUUAGUUAUCGCUGGCAGCUAUGGAGAAAUGAGUCCUCAUAGAAAUGUUUCUGUUCAGAUUCCUCCUCUUGCACCCACUGAUCUCCUAAUCAACACGUCCUUGACAACAGAGAGUACCCUGUCACUGUCAUGGUCGUAUAACAGAAGUGCCACAUUCAUUGAGGAGUACAAACUUGACUACCAGAGCUACCGGUCCAGUUUUGUUCAAACAAUGACCAUCCCUCAUCCCAAUGACACAGUAGAAGACCUUAACCUUGUCCUUGGAAAUUUGACCUCUGGCGAAACUUACAAGAUCACAUUGAAAAGUAGUACCAAUGAUGCCUACUCAGAAGAAAUUCUCAGAAAUGCUACUGUCC